AUGUACACCGAGCUGGCCACCAUGUAUGCGAAGUAUAAGCCAAAGAUGCUUAUGGACUUCAUCAAGAUGAACAUUCAGAAGUUGAACAUCCCGAAGCUGAUCAAUGCAUGCGAGAGGCACUAUCACUGGGAGCACGCCGUCUUUCUGUACACCCACUAUGACGAGUACGACCAGGCGGCAAACACCAUGAUGGCCCACAGCCCAGUGGCUUUCGCACACGACCAGUUUCUCAUGAUCAUGCAGAAAGUCUCCAACAUGGAGCUCUACUACCGGGCCGUGCAGUUCUAUCUGGACGAGCAGCCGCUGCAGCUGAACUCCCUGCUUUCCACCAUCACGCCGAAGGUGGAUCACGCGCGUGUCGUGCAGCAGGUUCGAAAGCUCGGACAGCUGCCGCUCAUCAUGCCCUACAUGAAGCAGGUGCAGCAGCACAACAUUGCGCCUGUCAACGAGGCGAUCAAUGAGCUCUACGUGGAUGGGGAGCAGUAUGAGGAGCUGAGGCAGAGCAUCGAGGAGUUCGACAACUUCGAUCAGAUUGCUCUAGCCCAAAAGCUGGAGAAGCAUCAGCUCAUUGAGAUGCGGCGGAUCGCGACCCUGGUCUACCAGAAGAACAAGCGCUACAAGCAAGCCAUCGAGCUGGCCAGAAAUGACAAGAUGUACAAGGACUGCAUGGAUUCUGCGCUGGCGAGCGGCAACCAAGAUCUGGCAGAGACACUCCUCAAGUAUUUUGUCGAUAGCGACAUGAAGGAAUGCUUCGCAGCCUGCCUGUACACCUGCUACGACCUCAUUCGGCCGGAUGUGGCCUUGGAGCUGGCGUGGAAGAGCCGAAACAUGGACUUCUGCAUGCCUUACCUGAUCCAGGUAGCAUUGCAGGAUGUGUUUGGGUGCGUGACACGGUCGCAGAAGACAGAAAGCCUCAAGGUGCUCCGGGAGUACACGGACCGCGUUAAUGCGCUGGAUAAGAAGACGCAGAAGAAGGAGGAAGAGGAGGAGAAGCAGAAGAGCGCUCCGAACGACUAUGUGCCUGACUACAUGAUGCCGCACAUGGCCCCAGACACAUUGAUUCAACAAGGCUACGUUGGUGCAGACGCAUCGGCGGUCGAAGACGCAUGGAGGGCGCAGACGCAUUGGGAGGCGAAGACGCACUGCGACGACGCAUCACGAGGCGAAGACGCGAUGGGUAGAGGAGGAGGUGCGAAGACGGUUUGA